AGGAAACAAACAAAGCAAGAACUAAUAAUACAAAAAGGACAUAAUAGGAAUUACGUAAUUUGUAUCUAUAUAAAUUAAAUACACACACAACAAGCACAAACACACACUCUCUUUCUUCUCUUUCAGUUUCUUAUUCUAAAAAAUUCACCAAAAGAAAUGGAACGGCGGCAACAAUCGCCACCGUCUCCACUACCAUCACCGCCGUCACGAAUCAUCCUUGGUAAAUACCAACUAACGAAGUUCCUCGGACGCGGAAACUUCGCUAAAGUAUACCAAGCACGUUCACUCAUCGACGGUUCAACCGUCGCCGUAAAAGUCAUCGACAAAUCCAAAACGGUUGAUGCAUCAAUGGAGCCACGAAUUGUUCGAGAAAUCGACGCUAUGCGCCGGCUUCAAAAUCAUCAAAAUAUCCUUAAGAUCCAUGAAGUUUUAGCCACGAAAACUAAGAUCUACCUUAUCGUUGAUUUCGCCGGCGGCGGUGAACUUUUCUACAAACUUUCCCGACGAGGUAAGUUCCCGGAGUCAUUAGCUCGUCGCUACUUUCAACAACUUGUUUCUGCUCUCUGUUUCUGCCACAAAAACGGCGUCGCUCACCGUGAUCUCAAACCGCAGAAUCUUCUCCUUGACGCCGACGGUAAUCUGAAGGUUUCCGAUUUUGGUCUCUCGGCGUUACCGGAACAGCUGAAAAACGGUCUCCUUCAUACAGCUUGCGGUACGCCGGCGUACACUGCACCGGAGAUUCUCGGUCGGAUCGGUUACGACGGAUCUAAAGCUGACGCCUGGUCGUGCGGCGUAAUUCUCUACGUUCUUCUCGCCGGUCAUCUUCCGUUUGAUGAUUCAAAUAUUCCGGCGAUGUGUAAGAGAAUUACUCGCCGGGAUUAUCAGUUUCCGGAGUGGAUUUCGAAACCAGCACGAUACUUGAUUUAUCAAUUACUUGACCCGAAUCCGAAAACCCGAAUUAGGUUAGAAAAUGUUAUUGGUAACACGUGGUUUAAGAAAUCGUUAAGAGAAGAACCUGAAGAGAAAGUUUUUGAAUCUGAUUUAUAUAACAAAUACUGUUGUGAUAGUAAGAAAGUUGAAUUUGGGAUGAAUGCUUUUGAUAUAAUAUCGAUGUCUUCGGGUUUAGAUUUGAGUGGUUUAUUCGAAACCGCGUCGAUUAGGAGUGAAAAGAGGUUUACUUCUAGUGAAGAAGUUGGUGUGGUAGAAGAGAAAGUGAAGGAAAUUGGAGUGAGAUUAGGGUUUAGGGUUGAGAUUGGGAAAAAUGGUACAAUUGGGUUAGGGAAAGGGAAAGUUACUAUGGUUGUUGAGGUUUUUAAGAUUGUGAAUGAUUUGUUAUUGGUUGCUCUUAAAUUGGAAAGUGGUGGAUUGGAAUUUGAAGAUCUUCAUUGGGAUGAUUGGAAAAUUGGGCUUCAAGAUGUAGUUCUUUCUUGGCAUAAUCAUGAAUCCAACAUGAAAAUAUGUAAUGUUGUUGAUUCUUGAAGAAAGAAAAAUGUGUUCGAUCUCUGACUUGUGUGUAUAGAAAACAUGUGUUAAGGUUAAUUGAGUUUUAGGCAUUAGUCUUUGCAAUUGUGCAAAGCGACAUGAAAGAUGCUUUCGGUUACAAAGAAAAAUCAGUUAUCUUUGUUAUUCACUCACACACAAGAUGAUAAAAAAGUGCAUGUGGUCUCUAAUACACACUUUUUUGUUUGAUUUUUUAGGUGUUAGUGAGUGAAUUUUAUUAUGUUGUUUUGUAGUUUCUUGUAAGGGAUAGUGUUCACUUUGUAAAUGGAAAGAAAUCAAAGAAUAGUGGCUAGUGUUUUUUUUUUUUUUUUUGACAUAAGUGGCUAGUGUUUCUGUUAUUCCAUCUUGUUAAAUCAAUAAUUAUUAGUAGAUUUUGUCUUA